UCGGUUCGGUGUCGGGAAAAAUUUAUUUGCUGCCUGUGUUUGUCAAUUUGGUAAAAUGCUUUCUUCGAACUGCAACCGAGUAAGACGAAAAUAAUGUCUGAAUUGUACCCGCUUCAUGAGUGCGUCUUCAAGGGUGAUACCAGACGACUAUCCCGACUUCUCCGAUCACACGAGCCAUCGGAAAAGGAUAAACAUGGCAACACACCACUGCAUCUUGCGGUUAUGCUAGGCAGAAAAGAGUGCACCUACUUGUUACUCGCUCAUGGUGCACCAGUAAAGGUGAAAAAUCAGCAGGGAUGGUCACCUUUGGCCGAAGCCAUCUCCUAUGGAGACCGUCAAAUCAUAUGUUCCUUACUAAAGAAGCUAAAGCAACAAGCUCGCGAACAGAUGGAACAGCGAAGGCCCAAUCUGGUCAAGGCGCUGAAGCAGAUGGGUGAUUUCUACAUGGAACUAAAGUGGGACUUUCACUCAUGGGUUCCACUGAUCUCGCGCAUCCUGCCAUCGGAUGUGUGCAAGAUCCACAAAUCUGGCUGUUCUAUUCGACUUGAUACCACGCUGGUAGAUUUCUCCGACAUGCGCUGGGAGCGAGGAGAUAUUUCGUUUAUUUUUCGUGGCGAAAAUCCUCCGAAAGAUUCGUUAACGGCACUGGACAACGAGUGCCGUUGCUAUCAGCACGUCCGGCACGAAGAAACAGAGCUGGAGAUCGAGGACGAAGUGGACAUUCUGAUGUCAAGUGAUAUACUCGCGGCGCAGAUGUCAACCAAAAGUAUUAGUUUUACGAAAGCACAAUCCGGCUGGAUCUUUCGGGAGGACAAGAAGGAAACGGUGGCCGGGCAGUAUGACAGUGAUCUCUAUACCAUCAAUGGACUGACGCUUGAACAGCGGAAACGACGUGAGCAUCUAUCGCGAGAUGACCUACAGAAGAACAAAGCCCUAAUGGAAUCACUGACCAAAGGUGGUCAGGCGCAGCCCGGUAUCGAUCAGAACGGGGAAAUUAUUCGAAGGGCCUCACUGCAACCACCACCCACCAAUGGCUGCAGCUGGGAAGACUACCUAUCGGCAAAACCAGGGCAGUACCCAAACCUAGGACGUGAACUAGUGUAUAAAGAAUCGAGUAAAAAUUUCAGAGCUACAGUUGCAAUGAGCAAAGAUUUUCCGCUAAGUGUGGAUAUGUUGCUUAACGUACUGGAAGUUAUCGCACCCUUCAAACACUUCAGCAAGCUUCGGGAAUUCGUAACGUUAAAACUGCCCAGUGGAUUUCCAGUGAAGAUUGACAUCCCCAUCCUGCCAACCGUGUCAGCUAAGAUUACCUUCCAAAAAUUCGAGUUCCGCAACGACAUCUCACCGGAUCUAUUCGUCAUCCCGGACACCUAUAAGGAGGAUAGUAUGAGAUUUCUUAUCUAUUUUAUAGAUUUCCUGAUUUAUGACCUUUCGAUUUCGAAUACGUAAGCAGUGAAAAUUCAGCGGUAGACUCCUCAACUUCGACUGUUGUCAUCUUUCCGAAUGGAUUUGAAAACCAAGUAUUUAGGAAUAGAAGUUCCAUUGUCUUCAUCUUGAUCAUUACCGUAACCAACGCUUUAUCCAUAUCAUGCCCAUUUUCAUACUUUCUAUCAUGUCUAAAAACCAGAUACCAACAGUAAUUCUAGCUAUAUAAUGAACAAUUGAAAGACAGCAAAGCACUUUUACCCAAUCAAUUGGAGGUUUUCCAGCCUUAGUCAAUUUUUAAAGCACCCUACAAAGCACGGGCUCUACACUACGCAUAGGUACCUACCCUGCUGAGCUCAUCACUGAACAACGGUAGAAACAUUGCUGAGAACAACGUCUAAAAUGGAGGACAAAAUACGUAUCAAGAUGAAAAAUGUCAAAUCGCUGUUAGAUCGAAGGAAACCCACACAAUCUGUAUCCUUUGAGUUUAUAUAAUCCGUUAUCUGAUAAUACAGGUAAAAAACGUAGUUCAUUCCAUUCAAAUAAAUCUAAGAACCUGCUAAUUCCUAUGCGCAAAAAUAAGACUCGGUAGAAAAGAAACACAUUUUAUUCAAUGGACAUAGUAAACAACUAACUGACGAAUUUAAGCCAACCUUGCAUUCUGACAAAUCGGUAAAACUUUAUCCUCACAAAACACGAACCUUUUUCUACAUAAACUACGGCAAUCGUAAAGUCGCUUACUAGAAACACUUUUUCUCAGAAUUCGCAAAACUGUACUAACAAUCUGAUAAUUCAAAUGUAUUUCAAAAUUUUAUAGUCAACAAAUCGUUAAAAAUAAUAUCAUGUUCACCUCGGAUUUGUUUGCUGAACUUUCUGCGCUUUCUGUGAAGUCGAAUCAGAGCCGUAACCAAAAAGCCAUCCGCCCUUAGUCAUUGAAUACAAAUAAUAGCUUUUUCUGAUGAAAUCGACCAUCAAUUUGCAGUUUCCGGCAUAAAAACAACAAGUCUAUGGAUAAAAUUCAUAGAAAACUGACGUGCCAACGUCAUGUAACAAGAAGGGUAAUCGAUACCGAAAAAAGUAAACUGAUCGUUUUACUAUAUGAUUUGCAUGCAUGUGAUUCGAGACUCUCGCCUCAAACGGCAGACAGCUGUCCAGUGUGAAGUUACUCUAGUUGACUUAUAUGUAAACAUUUAGGAAUACCUUAGUGGCAGAAAUAGUCAAUCGAAGCAGUCGAUUGGGCUUCGGCUCAGGUUGAAACUGUACGAAGAAAAUAGACGUUAAUUCAUGUUUCCUAAUAUGAAAAUAAAAACAAUAUUGUGUUGCGAUGCUCCCAUCUCCCCUUUGUUUGUGCGAAACGCUAGCAAAUAGUAAUUAAACAAUUGUCUACAGUUUUACAAAUUGUGAAAUAAAAGGACGUGUUUCA